AUGAUUCCAUUGCUGUGCAUAUCGACGGAACUGGACCAGCUGUACGCCUGGGUCAUGAAUGAGCCGCAACGACGGAUAGCCGUACGACCCGUCAUGGACGAAUGCUGCUGCGACCGCGAUGACCUCGACAAGAUUGCCAAGGGCUGGUCCAUUGCCAUGUUUUACUCCAAGGAGCGUCUGCGGCGCGUCUACGAGCUCAGCGACGCGCAGCUCGGCAAGGCCGUCGACGACGGGAAGCUCGUCCUCGAGACGUUGUGUCUGUUUGUGCACGCCUGCAUCAAGCGAGGGCAGUACAGGUUACCGGCCGAGUUUUGGCGCGUAUUACAAGUCGAGUACGGCAUUGUCGUGUACCCCUCGGCGCUGACAGAGGACGUCGAGGUCCAAGGGCUGGGCGUCGACAUCACCUUUACCGACGCUUAUUCAAAACACAUUGUCAUGUUUGGCCGGUGCAGCAGCGCCUGCCACCCGCCGCCGUGCCCGUUUCAAUACCUCCAGGAGCCUCCGCCCGUAUACCAAAAAUGA